UGUUGGUGACAUAACCCUCACUAUAUAUAUCAUAAAGGACCCCCAUAUUCAACAAUAGCAAUUACCGGCAACUAAAGUGAUUCCGACUAAUAACAUUUAAUUUCACUUAGUUUUUUUAUUUAACUUGUGAACAAUUUUAAUCUAUUAUAAAAAUGAGCGGUACUCAAAUUCCUGAAGUUUUAUGGGCUCAAAGAUCUCAUCCAGAGAACCCUGAAAAGAAUGUUGUUUAUUUAACUGUUGUAAUUCCUGAUGCAGUUGAGCCCAAGAUUAAUUUGACAUCCGAGAAGUUAGUCAUUGACAGCAAAUCUGGAGCUGCUGCUCACUAUGCCGUCCAGAUUGACUUUUUUAAGGAAAUUGACACAGAAAAGAGCAAAUACUCUCUUACCGGCCGUAACAUCUUCUUCGUUCUUUUCAAGAAAGAGCUUCAAGAAGAAUUCUGGCCUCGUUUGACCAAAGAAAAGCUUCGCCUUCACUGGCUCCGUACUGAUUUUGAACGCUGGGUCGACGAAGAUGAACAAGAGGCUCAACCUGAGGCUGCUGCCAAUCCCUUUGGCGCCGGCGGCAUGCCUGACUUGAGUGCCUUAGGUGGCAUGGGUGGUAUGGAAGGCAUGGAUUUCAGCCAACUCGGUAACAUGGGUGCUAAUAUGGGCGGACAAGAUGAUGAGGAAGAAAGCAGUGAGCCCGAGUUAGAAGAAGCCGAUGAGGAAGAGAAGAAGGAGUAAAUUUAAAACAUUCUUAACCUAAUAUACUGCGAUGGAAGCAUACAAGUAAAAGUUUUUUGACCUUUUUAGUUAUUUACUUAGGCAUAUUUUCUUUCUUUUUCUUUUUAAUGUUAUCUUCUCCUCUUUGCCUAAUUAAACUUUAUGUGUGAUUUGUUUGCUUCAUAGUUGAUGGAUGCCGUAUAACGUUACGAUUUUAAAGUAUAGAAGAAGUACACAAAUGAAUUCUUUUAUGAUUUUGAUGAGCCUAUGUCUUAUAGGUCAUCAUGGUUUCCGAUAUAAUACUAUGUGGAUGUGUGUCGUAGUCUUUGUAGUGGAUGUGUAUAGAU